GUGACGCCCAGAGCUGGUCAUGGCGGCGACAGAAGCGAGCUUGUCGACCACCGGGAACUCUGCGGCUGUACCGCCUGAGCAGCAGGACAGAGCCGGCGCAAAGUCAGAUCUUGAAACUAACUGCGCAGAUCCCUCGACCCCAGAAGCCUCCCCGCCUGCCCCCGAGUCCUGCAACCCCAACGCCAAGAUCCCCGAAGUGAAGAUUACGCCCUCCGCCGCGGCUUCCGCGGUGCUGGAGCUGCCCCUCAGGCCCGCACCCCUGGGUUCUGCGCCGCAGGCCUCAGCCGCCUCGCGCUCCCCGGCGGGCCCCAGCGGCUCGCGGCCAGGCCCCGAGACGUUCCGCCAGCGAUUCCGACAGUUCCGCUACCAGGACGCGGCCGGACCCCGAGAAGCGUUCCGGCAGCUGCGGGAGCUCUCUCGCCAGUGGCUGCGGCCAGACAUCCGCACCAAGGAGCAGAUGGUGGAGAUGCUGGUACAGGAGCAGCUGCUGGCCAUCCUGCCCGAAGAAACGCGGGCCCGGCGGCUCCAGCGCCGCGCAGACGUGCGCAUCCCCGGCUGAGCUGAACUCAACGCUCUUUGGACUGGGGCCAUGAUGGGUUGGGGCCAGAAGCUGGCACACCACCCAGU